GUGUGAGGACGGCCCCGGCGCGCGGAUGCGGUGUCACCCAUUUUGAAAUCUGCUGCAGCUUCCGCAUCCGAGGCUCAGCGCUCUUUCGUCGUUACCACAGAGAAAGUUCCACCUCAGAAGCCAGACGUCCCGCUCUCUAACUUUACUAAUUUUAAUUUUAUUCUCUCCAAACUUAUGGAGACACCCAGGUUGGCCUCAGAGCGAUGCCCUGGCUCUCUUGAAGCUGAAGUGAGAGGGUCCAGGCACGGGCCCAGCCCGGGCCGGACAGCAUGACCAAGCCCCGGCUCUUCCGGCUGUGGCUGGCCCUGGGCUCUGUCCUCAUGGUCCUGCUCAUCAUCGUGUACUGGGACAACGUGGGCACUGCCCACUUCUACCUGCACACCUCCUUGUCCAGACCUCACGCCCUGGCGCCCCUCCCCACCACCGGGCAGGGGGAGGACACGGAGUUCACCUCCGAUGUGGACGAAUUUCUAGAUAAGUUGCUUAGUUCUGGUGCAAAGCAAAGUGACCUUUCCAAGAAAAAGACCGAGCAACCCCUGGUGCUGGCCUCCAGCAAGCCUGCACUGAGCCGCAUGGAGGAGAGCGUGAGGGGCUACGACUGGUCCCCCCAGAACGCCCAGCAGCGCCCCGACGCAGGCCGGCAGCAGGCCGAGCGCAGACGCAUGCUGCGCCACUUCUGCGCCAACUCCAGCCUGGCCUUCCCCACCAAAGAGCGCUCCUUCGACGACAUCCCCAACUACGAGCUGAACCACCUCAUCGUGGACGACCGCCACGGCGUCAUCUACUGCUACGUGCCCAAGGUGGCCUGCACCAACUGGAAGCGCGUGAUGAUCGUGCUGAGCGAGAGCCUGCUGGACCGCGGCGCCCCCUACCGAGACCCGCUGGACAUCCCGCGGGAGCGCGUGCACAACAGCAGCACGCACCUGACCUUCAACAAGUUCUGGCGCCGCUACGGCAGGUUCUCCAGGCACCUCAUGAAGAUCAAGCUGAAGAAGUACACCAAGUUCCUCUUCGUGCGCGACCCCUUCGUGCGGCUCAUCUCGGCCUUCCGCAGCAAGUUUGAGCUGGAGAACGAGGAGUUUUACCGCAAGUUCGCGGCGCCUAUGCUGCGGCUGUAUGCCAACCUCACCAGCCUGCCCACCUCGGUGAGCGAGGCCUUCAGCGCCGGCCUCAAGGUCACCUUCGCCAACUUCAUCCAGUAUCUGCUGGACCCCCACACUGAGAAGCUGGCGCCCUUCAACGAGCACUGGCGGCAGGUGUACCGCCUCUGCCACCCGUGCCAGAUCGACUACGACUUUGUGGGGAAGCUGGAGACGCUGGACGAGGACGCCGCCCAGCUGCUGCAGCUGCUCAAGGUGGACGCUCAGGUCCACUUCCCCCCGAGCUACCGGAACAGAACUGCCAGCAGCUGGGAGGAGGACUGGUUCGCCAAGAUCCCCCUGGCCUGGCGGCGGCAGCUCUACAAACUCUACGAGGCGGACUUUGUUCUCUUUGGCUACCCCAAGCCCGAACAUCUGCUCGGAGACUGAGUGCCACUCCAAGAGCCGUCAGCGGUGGCCCCCGAAGCCCGUGGGACCUUGCCGGGAACCUGAGCGGGGCACUGGGGCCAAGCUGUCUCUUUGGCUUCCCUGCCCUCGUGUGGAGGGCCUAGUCUUGACCUCCCGUGCUCAAGGCUUUACACAACCCAGGGCUCUGCAGUCUGGGCUUGCUGUUCACUCCAGACCCUGUGUUCACUGAGCACUGUGUUAAUAUUGUUUUCUAAGAUUAAUAUAUUUCAGAUAUUUAAUAUGAACGUGGAGGAAAGCCAGAGUAAAGCGUGGCAGCUGGGCUCUCA